CCGACACACAUGAAUCGUUAUUUAUUUCCUCCUCCAGAUUACCUUCUACGAGGGCAAAUGCUUCACCGGCAGGAAGCUGGAGGUCAGAGGAGACUGUGAUAACUUCCAGGACCGCGGCUUCAUGAACAGGGUGAACUCUAUCCGUGUGGAGAGCGGAGCCUGGAUCUGCUAUGACCACCCAGACUUCAAGGGACAGCAGUACAUCCUGGAGCACGGAGAAUACCCAGAAUUCCAGAGGUGGAACUCACACAAUGACCACAUGGGAUCCUGCAAGCCCAUCCGCAUGCACGGAGAGCACUACCGCAUCGAGCUGUUCGAGGCCUGUAACUUCUCCGGUCAGUGUGUGGACAUCUGCGAUGACUGUCCCUUCCUGCAGAGCCGCGGCUUUUCCAAGAACUGCGUCAACUCCGUCAAAGUCUACGGGGACGGAGCCUGGGUGAUGUACGAGGAGCCAAACUUCCGCGGUCGCAUGUACAUCGUGGAGCGUGGAGACUACUGCAGCCAUAACGAGUGGCAGGCCCAGAACCCCAACAUCCAGUCCAUCCGCAGGGUCGUCAACUACUUCUAAACCCUGACCCCGCCCCCAGCCCACCCUACCCACCACCCCCCGCCCCUCCGGUCACUUCUACAGCUGUAAUCAUGUACAAUAAAUAAACGCAGACAAAGAGAAGAA